AUGGCGCAAGCAGGCUCAGUCGAGAUGCGGCAGCCCAAGAGCGACUACGCCGCCGUCAACACGACCAGCUCGUCCGGCAACACCGAGGACGGCACCGAGAACCGUCAUCAUGAGAGCGGGUACGAGCACACCGACGGCGGCACGGGAGAUUCGUCGCUGAGGCGGCUGUUCUCGUUCUGGCAACUGCUGGCCUUCGCAUUGAUCUUCAUGUCGUCUUGGGAGGUUAUGGCCAUGGAUAUGGGCGCGACCUUUUACAACGGGGGGCCGCAGACGCUGGCUUGGGGCAUCGUUCUCGUCGUCGUCGGCGCCAUGGCGCAGGCGCUGUCUAUGGCCGAGCUGGCGGCGAUCCAGCCCAUCGCCGGGGCGCAAUACCAUUGGACUCACUUCCUUGCGCCGCAGAACCACCGACGGUUCAUCACGUGGAUGCAAGGCUGGGUGACCUGGUUCGCCUGGGUGUCGGCCCUCGCCGGCUCGGCCGCUUCCGAGGCCAACAUCAUCAUCGGGCUCGUCAGCACCAACUACCCGUCCUACAAGUUUCAGCCGUGGCACAUCACUAUGGUCAUCAUCGCGCAGCUCGUCGCCUGCGGGCUCAUCAACAUGUACGCGUUCCGCACGAUUCCGUGGAUGGAGCUCAUCGCCGGCGUGCUGCACAUCGUCCUGUGGCUCAUCUUCGUCGUCGUGCUCCUGACACUCGCGCCGCGCGCCAGCGCCGACUUUGUCUUUUUCGAGCGCACCGUCAGCUCCGGUUGGACCAACAGCUUCGUGAGCUGGAACAUUGGCAUGCUGGUGCCGGCGUGGGGGUUCAUCGGGUUCGACGGCGUAGUGCACAUGGCGGAGGAGGUUCGGCAGGCGAAGCAGGCGGUGCCGAGGGCGAUGCUGUGGACGAUUGUGCUCAACGGCGUCCUGUCGUACGGAAUCAUCAUGGCCAUCCUGUUCGGCAUGGGCGGCGCGACGGAGGAGAUCCUCGCGUCGGACUACCCCAUCAUCCCUCUGCUCUUCAACGCGGCGGGGCCCAAGGCGGGGACGGCCAUGGUGUGCGGGCUGCUCAUCAUCACCUUCUGCGUCGUCGCGGCGUCGCUGGCGUCGGUGUCGAGAAUCACUUGGGCAUGGGCCCGGGACGGAGGUUUGCCGCGGUACUUUGCCAGGGUACAUCCUAAGCACCGCGUCCCGAUCCGCUCCGUGUGGCUGCCGUGCAUCAUCGUCACCUGCCUGUCGUUAUUCACUGUCGGGAACACCGCCACGGCCACGGUGUUCUCGGCGUUCACGGCGCUCUCAUCCCUGGGCCUGUACAGUUCCUACAUCAUCGCCAUCUCCUGCAUGCUCCACGCGCGCAUGACGGGACGCAUCGGCCACGGUCCCGAGUACCAGGUGCAGUACGGCGGCUGGUCGUUGCCCAAGGGGUGGGGCCUGCCGAUCAACAUCUACGCGCUUCUGUGGUCGAUGUAUUUGACCGUCUGGCUGCCGUUCCCACAGACGGUGCCUGUCACGGCGACCGAGAUGAACUACGCCGGGCCCAUCUACGUCGUCGCCGUGGUGGGUGCGCUGACGCUGUGGUUCGCCAGAGGCAAGAAGCACUGGCCUGGGUUGAACAAGACGGCCAUCGAGAACGUCGAGGCGUACAAUUAA